AUGGAACGUAAAGAAAAUAUGCAACGCAGUGCAAUUGUAACAGAAUCUGCAGCUACAAAAACAUUUAUAUUUUCUGCACCAAACGUACUUAGUCAUCCUAAAGUUAAUAGUGCUGACGUGAGUCUAGAAGAAGCAUCAGAUACAUCUAAUAUUAAGAAAAAUGUUUUUACUUUUGCUACACCAACAGCAGUGUCACAAUCAAGUAUUCAGGAUAUACCUAUUUAUAAAUCAAGAAUAUCUGAAAAACAAUAUAAACCUAAAAUAUCUAGACACCCAUUUAAGCCAGCAGUUAAUGUAUUUGCCCAAGCACUUAAAGAUACUACAAUGUUUGAGCAAUUGAAGAAGAAUUCUAAAUCUCAAGUUAUUAGAGGUAGCCCAGAAAAUUCAAUAACAUGCACCAAUGUACCUCAAUCUUUACUUACAAAAACAACAGCAAAAGAAUACUUUAUGAUGUUUGGAAAUCUUUUCAAAAUUACUAUUCGUCUUAAGAAGCAAAUAAUCAUUGUUACUUAUGCAACCAAAGGAGAAGCCACUAUCGCUUAUAAUAAAAGUGGAGAAUAUUUAGGAGAAAAAUUUAAUGUAGAAUGGACCAAAUCUUGUGCAUUACCCAAAUCUCCUACAAAGAAGAAAGAUUUCCAGAAAAAUAUUGUAACUAACUUUUUGAAAUCACCAGAGGAUGAAAUUAAAUCAGAGUUAGAUGCUAUGAUGAAUCUAGAAUAUAAUAUGCAUAAUGUUUGUAGAAAAAAUUUUGAUGGAACUGUGGUAGAAAAGAAAAAAGCACUGCAGUCCAAAAGUACAUCGAAGUCGAUAACUAGAGUGGAAAAAGCAUCUGUAAAAUCUGAGAAACACAAAGCAGACAGUCAAAUAUCGGAUCUCUUACCUAAUGCUACUAUUGAAGAAUUGCAAAAUAUAAUUCGUCAACCUGCACAUACCUCUGAAGAUAAAUAUAACAUAUUAGAAGCCAGAGAUCGACUCAUGCGAACUAAGCAAAUUAAGUCGCAUACACUAGCAGCAGCUAAAGUUAUGAUUGGUACAUGUUCCGAUAUGUGCCCUGAGAAAGAGCGUUUAAUACGUGAAUCUAAUAGGCAACUAUCAUUAUAUGAACAGCUUGAUGGCAGUGAAUACAAAAUAAAUCAUGCAUUAGCAGUAAAACAGUAUUCUAGAUCUUCUGCCGAUCAAGAAGAACCAAUGGCACAUGAACUGAGACCUGUAAAAUCUUUAAAGAUGACAAUGAGUUAUUUGCUACAUGAAAUAGCAAAUCUUUGUGAUGAAGAAGGAACAAAUUUGGGAGAUUGGUAUCAUUUCUUAUGGGAUAGAACAAGAGGAAUUCGAAAAGAUAUAACACAGCAAGAACUGUGUUGUACAGAUAGUGUUGAAUUGGUUGAACAAUGUGCUAGAUUUCACAUAGUAUGUUCUGAAAGACUCUGUGCUGAAGAACCAUCUGUAUUUGAUAAGAAAAUAAACUCUGAUAAUUUAACAAAGUGUUUACAGACAUUGAAAUAUAUGUAUCACGAUUUGAGAGUAAAGGGAAUCAAUUGCAAGAAUGAACCUGAAUUUCGAGCAUAUAUCAUUCUAUUGAAUUUAAAUAAUAGCAAUUUUAUGUGGGAUUUGCAAAGAUUGCCAAAAAGUGUGCAAAGAUCAUCAGCAGUUCAGUUUGCACUAAAAGUAUACUCUGUUCUGGAGUCAAAUAAUUAUUAUAAAUUCUUUAAACUUGUUCAGAAAACCACAUAUUUAAAUGCUUGCAUCUUGCUUAGGUAUUUCAAUCAAGUAAGAUUAAAGGCAUUAUCAGUUAUGGUGAAAGCCUAUUGCAGAACAACAUCAACAGCAUAUCCAUUAUAUGAAUUACUUGAUAUUUUAGGUUUUGAAGAUGAAGGCGAAGCUAUUUACUUUUGUGAACAAAUAGGAUUAAAUGUUUCAAAGGAUGAGCUGCAUGUACUAUUAAAUAGACAAAAUUUCUCUAUGCCUGUAUUAAAUAUUAAGCAAAACAGAGCUUAUAAUGUAAUAGAAUCUAAACGAAUUAUGGAACAAUCAUCCAUUGGCGAAUGCAUAGCAGGAAGAAAAAUGCCAGAACAAACUUACAAAUAUCAUAAGCCACACAACAGUUUUGAUUCCCAUGGUUAUUUAAUGCCUGACUCUGUUAAUGCAGAAGAUCAAAAUAAAAAUGAUAUUUGUAAACCAAACGAUCCAUAUGAAUAUACAGAUGAAGAUACAAUGCAAACUAAAAGGUCUGUCUCAGUUCCAGAAAACAAUCAGAGUAAAACUCAAACUGCAGUCCACAAUAGUGAGUCUAGAAAUUCAUUUGCUACAUCUGUCGCAAACAUUAAUCCUGAUGCAAAUAUCACUACACAUAGAAAGUCUAGAACAAAUAAUUUCUUUGCUUUCAAACCUCCAACACAAAUCAAUGAAUCUCAAGAACAUGUAAAUACAUUGUCAGAAUUAAAAGUAGAAAAACAAAAGGAUGCAAAAAUACUUAGUCUUGCACCAAAACAAGAAGAUACUGCAUUGAAUGCAAAUAGAACCUCUGAGUCCUCUUUUGGUAGCAUAUUUAGCACUACAUCAACAACAUCAAAAUCUUCUAAUGUAUUCUCAAAAGCAUGGGAACCACCAUCAUAUAACAAUAGUACUUCCCCAUUUGUAUCAUUUACAAACAAGAGUAUAUUUUCUGAAGUUUCGCAAGGAAAUGUAUUCACUAGAAAUGUUCCACCUUCAACAGUAUUUUCAAGUACACAAUCGAAUGUGCAAACUGUUCCAGAAUUAUCAAGUGUUACAAGUACUGCAACUACCUUCAAUAAAAAUAAAUUAAAAGAAGCACAAAGUUUUCCUACUCCUACAAAACAAGCACAAGAAGAAACAAAAGGUGGAAAUAUAAGAUACAAAGAAAAAGAAUGUUCAAGAAAAAUGCAACAAAUCAAUGAAAGUACAGAACAAAUUUUCCAUGAUCUUGAGACAGAAAUUGUAGAAACCUAUUGUUCUAAUUUUAUGACAGAGGAGAUUAAUAAAAUGAAGAUUUGCAAUACAUUGAGUGAAGAUAUCAAGAACGAAAUUUUAACUGAAGUUGUUCAUCAAAUCUGCAGUAGUAUUUUACAAGAGGAAAUUAUUGAUACACAAAAAUUACAUGCACUCUCAAUAAGAAUAAAGGGUAGAAUAAUUGUGAAAUACUUCAAUAUAUGGAAAUCUAAUGUUUUGAAAAAGAAACAACGGAGAGAAGCACUGGAUAGUACACCAGUGUGGUUGCAAAAGUAUUCCAGUGAACAAUGCGCAAAAUUACUUUAUUCCAAAAAACAGGAUUUAGUUAUUCAAAAUAUGUGUAAAAGACCAGGUGAACAGAAAGCUACUAGGUCUUAUAUUGAUUCUAUAGCUCCAAUUGAAGUUAUAAUUUCUAUGGGCAUCAAAGAAAAUUUGAAAUCUCCUAAGAUGAGUAUGCAUUCCAAUUACUAUUGGAAGUUAGUCAUUUCUUGGCCAGAUUUACACAAUAAGCCAGUUUUAUGGCAUCAUAAAAAAAUAAUGAAUCAGUAUCUCUGCCCUGACAACUAUACCACAGAACCAAUUAUAAAGAUGUGUCAAAUAAAUCAAUUUGAGACCUUACAUAUUUGUUUACGGCACUUUGAAGGUCUGAUUAGUGAUCAUAAUUUAGUAGGUUCAGAUAGUCUCCUUUUUAUAAAAUCUACUUCGGAGGACACAAAAUCUGUUAUGAAACGUUUAACUAAAACUAUAUUGUCAAGAGACAGACUUAUGCCAAUACCUCUAGCAUUUAUUGUCUUGGGUGAUAACAACUUCGACACACAGGAUGUGGAGAUUGUCUCGACAUUAGAGAAACUACUAAAAGCUAGAUAUUUAUCAGUAUAUACGAUUAUACAUGAGAAAGAUUUGAAUGAAAAAACAGUCUUAAAUAUGACACAAAGUGCAAUGCUUUGGUUGUCUAUGAAUAAACCACAUCAAAAUCCAUUAGAGAUGGAUUACUUACAAAAUAUUUGUGAUACUUGCUUAACAGAAGAAUUAUGGUUGAGAUUACAGGACGAUUCAUCCUUCAAUGAAAAACUUUUACAUGCUUUGAAUGAGCCCAGAUUUAUAAUUGAUUUACAUAACGAAGCAGUCACUUAUCUAAUGGAUAUAAUAUUAGAUCCAGAAUCUUUCAUGUACACACAAUUGGCUCCAGAAUUUAAAAGAUUCGUCAAAAACGAGUAUACGAUGCCCUGCAGCUACGAACACUUUGAUGAUACUUGGAAGACAGAAGAAUAUAAGGCAAAUAUAGAAAAUGUGAUCCUUUCUAUUAAGUUACCCCAGUGGAGCUUCACCUGGCCAUUAGAUAAUAGUAGCACACUUCAUAAAAAUAUAAUAACUUAUUGUCAAGAAGCAUUACUUGAUAUCGAUAGCAAUGAAGUAUCUUGGAGUCUAUUAAAUAGCUUACUUUUUACAUCUGACACGUUAACAGUUUCAAACUUUAUCGAAGUUUUGUUACACAUUGUUAGGAGGAAGAUACAUGGUAUUGAUAAAGACUUGAAAGUGGUUUACAAUAAAAAUCAUAUAAAACACUUUCGUACUUUACCGUGGUGGUUCAUAUCUAAUACAUUAAGGGAAUACAAAAUUGUACAAAAAGAAAUUCACAUACAAGAAAAUGAAAAGGAAAAUGAGAGAAUUGAUACAAACGAACCAAUUACAAAAAAGCGAAAAUUAUAUAAAGAUCAUGACAAUGAUUCUGAACUUGAUCCAUUAGUUGAAUUUUGUGAAACUAGCCAAAAUCAAAUAAUGGAGGUACAUUGCAUUUCAAAAAAGAUCGAAAAUUAUUUAAAGGCACAUCAACAGAAAAGUUCCUUAUUUGAAGAAAGGCUGAAAAAUGCCUUGUUCAAUGAAAUGUAAUGUAUUUAGAGACAUGUUAAUAUAAUUUAAUUUUUGACCGCUUGAAUGUUCUUAUUGACU